AUGCGGAGUCCUUUCAGUAGGACUUUCAAAUGGUUUCUCCUGUGGAUAGGGAUUGAGACGAUAGGUAGAUAUGUCGACCCGAACGAGCUUCUUAACCAACGACCGAUUCUGGCUAUUGAAAAAACAGUUGUACCAGGUGAUAGGCCAUGGACAAACGAAGACCUGGCUUACUAUUUGUACGAUAAUGCACCCGCCGAUUACAACGUGAAAGUCCUUGGGUUUACAGACAUCUCUGGAUACUCGGAUUCUAGCGGAGGACGUGUGCGUCGUGGAUCGGAGAGCAAGAAAAAAGCAGCAAAGAAAGCUGCCAAACUUGCUAAAGAAGAAGACGGCGGCUCUAAAAAGAAGAAGAAGAAAAAGUCUGAAGCAACUUCUACCUCAGCGGCAGCAACUGAAACAUCAACCACCACUUCCACAUCCACUACCAGUACUACCAAAACAAGUACUACAACAACAAGUACUACAACAACAACCACAACAACUACCACAACAACUACCACAACAACCACCACAACAACCACCACAACAACCACCACAACAACCACAACAACAACCACAACAACUACAACCACAACUACUACAACCACAACUACUACAACCACAACUACUACAACUACUACUACUACAACAACCACAACAACGACUUCUACAACAUCUACAACUACGACCAGUACAAAUACUACCACCACAACAACUUCUACCUCUACGACAACACCAGCUACUACACCUAAGAAAAAGAAAUGGAAGAAAGAGCAAAAGAAAAAGAAAAAAGCUGAUCGUGGCAAGAAAAAGAAAAACAAGAUCACUUUCGACGCUCUCGACAUUGCUUCUCGGCGAUCACUUUGGGCCCAAAAGAAGCAAGAACAGACUCCAGUCAAUGCCGAUUACUACAGUUACGCUAUUAUCCUGGAGAUCAGCGUCAAUAGAGAUUAUAGCAGCUUUGCUUACGCUACCCUCGAAAAAUUCAUGGAUUUCAUUGGCACGCGUUCUGCUUCCCCUGAAAUUGCUUUCGAAGGUGAAAACGAGUUUCUUGAAUACGCAGACAGCUGUGGAAUUAAUGUCGAUGAUUACGUUGAUGACACUGAAUACUUUAUCGAAGUUCUGGAAAUCGACUCUACUGUCGUUGAUGUUGAUGAUCUUAUCGCAGUUCGUGAUGCUUUGUACAGUGAUCUUCCAGAAAGCUUUAUGGUGGAAGUUAUUCAGCUUGCUGAGGUCAUUGACCAAGAGACAAUGUGGAUGAGUGGAAACGAAACAGAGUCCUCUUACGUCGUUGUUGCUGCUGUCACCUUCCCAGAAGUCAGCUUUGCUCGACACGAUGCUGACUUGCUUGCGUUCCGAACAUACAUGUACAUGAGUGGACGUGGUGUUCUUACAAAAUUUGACGCUGCUUUCUUCGACACUGUGGAAGAGCUUGACCUUGCAGAUGCUAUUCCAGAUUAUGAAAAUCCUUGCGAUAGUCAUAUCUGCUCCGGUGAUUUGGUUUGCAAACUCACUGAUUCUACAGAAAGCAUGACUCCUGUCCCAUACUGUGGUUGCCCAGAUUACACUGUGUCUAUCAAUGCCGCCAGUGAUCAAUGUGUGACUGCAGGCCAAUUUGUGGAAACUUUGGUUGUCGAAAGUUUGACUGCUUUGACUCCAGAUGCAAUUUUCGACGAGUUUUACAGUCAAUUCACAGCUUAUGGUAUUCGAAUCAAAGCUUUCGACUAUAAGGAGGGCAACUCUACUACGUGGUCUAUGGACGGUAUGGACUCCAUUUGCGUGUUGGCAGAGAUAUCAGAUCUAAGCGAAACUGAUGGCUCUUUUGGAGGAUUUGUAGAUGCUCUCUCAGCAGAAGGACGAGACGUUUAUUUGGACACUGAUGCUCAAUUUUAUCUUGACAUAAGUCUUUGUGGUCUUGACUGGACCCAAGAGGAAUGCCCAGUUAAUCAAGAACCAAGCAAGUGUCCUCAGUGUGAUGACACCUGUGAGGAUAUUUCCAUGGGUGGCGGACAUGACAUGUGCGGUGAGCAAUGCGAAGGAGGCUGUGCAUGCAAGCCUGGCUAUGCUCGAUACCAGGUGACUGACGAUGGCGAAAAGACUGACGCUAUGUGCAUCCCAAUCAAUCAGUGUCCUCUCGAGUGUGGUGCUAACUCUAAGUACUCCGCAUGCGAAUACGGCUGUGAAGCUACUUGCGCAGAUCCAUUCAAAAUUUCUUGCCGUGAACAAGCAUCUUCUGUCUUUGGCAAAAACAACGGAUGCGAAGCUCGGUGCGUCUGUGACGAUGGUUUCAUCAAGAACGAAUCCGGUGAAUGCGUUCCGAUGACUGACUGUCUUACAUGUCCAUCGAACUCUGUCGAUGCAGAGUGCUUUGACGAAUGUGCCGCUACCUGUGACGAGCCUGAUUUUACAUGCACUGAGUAUCCCACUUCUUGUACAGCUGGAUGUGACUGUAGCGAUGGAUACGUUAAGGAUUUUUUCCAUCCUUUCGCCCCAUGUGUCCCCGUUGAUGAAUGUGAUACUACCUUCGAGUGUCCAGAAUUUAUGAUUCCUGAUAGUUGCGCGAACAAUGCUUGCUAUGAUACCUGCGAGUCGUGGAGUCUUGACAACGUUAACGUUUGCCCCGCUCAACGAUAUGCCGAGUGUGAGAUGGGCUGUGUCUGCGCCCCCGGUUACGUUCGACACUCCGAAAAAGAUGACAAAUGUAUCCCUACUUAUGAAUGUAAUGCUGUGACAAAAUCUCUUGACUCAAUUGAUUUCGUCUAUGUCGGCGAAUCCUCCACUAUUGACGCCGCUGAUCUUGAAGCACUCAACGCGAUCGCGGAUGAGUUUACGGAAGAUGUUGUUCUCAAAAUUUCAUCUUUCGGAGUUGAGACAAGCGAACAAGUUAGAUACGGAGAUUCGGAAUAUUUCUUCGCUGCACGAUAUGUCUUCCCAUCCAGUUCUCCUCAUAUUUAUGAUGAUAUCUAUGGCAGCCUUGAAGUUAUUAUGGAUUUUUCUAGUGCAUACAUUAAAAUCGAAGGAACAUCUGAGUUCCAACAGUGCGUCACUGGUUAUGAGCUUCUGUUUGAGUGUAUUUACGACGACUGUCGAGGUGAGCUUUGUCUUCAACCAAGCACCUCUUGUCCCGACGGAACAUAUUGCCGAGAGACGUCUGAAUUCGAUCUUGCUGGUGAACCACUCGGUGAAGUCAGCUAUGAGUGUGAGUGUGAUAUUGAAGGUGAAACACUCACCGCUGCUGACACUUGUGUCGCUGGUAAAUUAAACCGAUUCACUGUGCUUGAACUGGUCCAACAAAAUUUCUGCGCUUUCAGGCAUUACCCACAAUCUGAACUCAUUGCGAUGGCUGAAGAUGUUCUUUACGGCGAUCUUCCAGAAGGUCUCAAGUUCAAUGUUCUUAACGUAGCGAUCAAUUUUAAACGAUGCGCGCAACUUGAUGCUGCUCGACGAAACUUUGCCAGAACCAUCCAUUUCGCUCCUUUUGAAGCCGUCAUUGUUUCGAAACGUAAAAAUAUCCCAGGCAGUCAACUGGUCUUGAAUGAAUGGAUCGAGAAUACCGGAAGACGAGUCUAUGAUUCUAAAGAUGCUGAAUCUAUGGUCAUUGUUGAAAAUAACGACUUGUGGGAGGUUAUUCCGCUCACUCCAGACGUUGAAUGUCCUAGGGGAGAAGUUUUCAAUGUUUGUGCUUCCGACGCUUGUCAGUCAACUUGUGAAAAUCACGCCAAUGAGGAUGCGUGUUCCGACCCCGACACUGACUGCGCGGGGCCGGGUGUCUGUGCUUGUCCUGAUGGCAUGGCUCGAAUAAUCGAUGAUGGACCGUGUGUUUUCAUUGACAGUUGUCCACACGUUAAGUGUAAUGAAGACCCUGGACUCGAGUUCAGCUACGAUACCUUGUCUUGUGAAGAUAUUGACGAAUGUGCUGACGUUGGAACAACGAACUGCGACUAUGCAUCUGGUGCACAGUGCAAUAACGUCGACGGAGGUUUUACUUGUUACUGCUCGAGCGGUCUUACAGGUCUCGGUGUCAUUGGAUCUCCAUGCGAGCCCUCACCAUGCGAAGAAAAUGAAGUCGAAAAUGAUUGUGCAAACAGAGAGUGCGUCAUUGACUGUCUUUCGGAGCUCAAUAACAAACCACCAACAUGUCCUGACGAUACCGUUGAAUGCCAAACCGGGUGCUUAUGUGCGGGCGGUUUUGUUCGUAAAUUCCCUGGAGGUCCCUGCGUUGAACUCGCUACUUGCGAAUGUCCGCCAUCUUACGAACUUACAGCUAAUGGAUGUGAAGACAUUGAUGAAUGUGACGCUGGUACCCACGGUUGUGUUGAAGAGAACCAGUAUUGUUACAAUACUAUCGAAGGAAGCUACGAGUGCAUCUGUUUUGACGGAUAUGAAUUGAGAGAAAACAAGGAGGGUAAUAUGAAGUGUCUUAACGCAGACGAGUGCGAGCUUGGCACUUCUGACUGUGAUGAGAUCACUGAGUUCUGUAAAGAUACUCUUGGCUCAUACGAAUGUCUUUGCCAAGUCGGUUUCGAACAUGACUCAUCCGAUGAAUGCGUUGACGUUGACGAAUGUGGUUUCGACGAUAAUCUCUGUCCAUCGAACACAGUUUGUGAAAACACUGUCGGAAGUUUCAUGUGUCUAUGUAACAAUGAAGAAGGCAGUCAUAUGUGUGAUCUUGACAACGACGCUGCUUGCGUCAACUACUGGGGCGGAUACGAGUGCGCCUGUCCAGGUGAUCUUAUCGGUGUCGGUACCGUUGAUGAUCCUUGCCGAUUCCCUUGUGAUUCGGAAACAUCUGAGUACCUUGCUUGCGAGGACUUUGACGAGGGAACCCUUACAUGCUUCCACACUUGCGAGACAUACAAGUGGGAGACUGAAGAAAUAUGUCUCGACGUUUGCAUUGAUGGAUGCAACUGCCUUGAUGGAUUUGUCAAGACAAACGGAACUUUUGAAUCUGCUUGUGUACCCGAAGAAGAGUGCCCAGAUCCAGAAUGUCCAGAAAAUAUGAUUUUCUCGACCUGCAUGUGUUCUCCAAGUUGUGACAAUGAGGAUGCCUUCUGUUUUGACGAUGACGAUGAAGAUUGCGUCCCCGGCUGUGUCUGUGAAGAAGGAUACAUUUUGGCUGACGAAUCCGAAAAUGCUCUUUGCAUUCCCAAAGAAGAUUGCUCCAUUCCUAUUGUUGAAUGUGGUGCUAACGAAAUCUAUGUUGAGCAGCUGGACGUUUGUUUCGCAACUUGUGAAACCUUCAAGCUUUUCACAGAUCCGGAUUACUGUGAUGGAACAGAGACUCUGUAUGAAGGAUGUGUUUGUGCAGAAGGCUACGUCCGUUUAACACCUGAUCCAAACUCACCGUGUAUCCCUGAAGAAUCCUGUUCAAAUGACCACGAUGGCGAAUCAUGUCGACACUUUAACUUUAUUGAAAUUAUUGAAGAAACAGACCUCCCUCUUCGAGUGGAUAUCGACAACCGAUACACCUGGAACUACCUCGUCUCUCUUCGUUUCGAUAAGUUUGAUUCUCUUGUCGAUAAUAUUUACGUCGUCGAUAUUAAAGAGAUUGAGCCAGAUCUUGAAUUUGGUGACAGCGAUGGGGAUGUUGUAGAGUACGCUAUUUCUUAUCAGAUUGUUGAUUGUCCACGUCUCGAUAUGGACGAAAUUGAGUUCAUGAUUCGUUACAUGAGAAGCCGGGAAGAUCUUGAUCUCUACCCAGAAUGGAAACGAAUGUUCCACAAAAUCAAGGAUACUAUGGACCUUUACUUCCCUUGCUACACUGACGAAUGCGCUAACGACAGAUUCUCGUGCGAUGUCUGGACCGAAAUGGUUGCUUGUCCAACUCAAGAACAGCCAACUUGCCAAGAACAGAUGGACUCGCUCGUUGAAUGGCAAAACGAAGAACUCUUUAACAUUAUUUUCGGACGAAUGGAAGAGAACUGCAAAAAGCAAUGUGUAUGCAGACCGGGUUACUUCCGGGAAGAUAAUUCCACAACUGCCGAAUGCGUUCCAUACCAUAAAUGUUUCGGUGGAUGUCCAAAGUUCUCCAAGUUCCAAGAGCAGACAAAACUCUGCGUUCCUUACUGCGACGAUGCAAUUGCACUCAAUUGCACCUUAAUGACUGCCGACAUCGAUAAUUUCUCCGAAGUUGAAGACGCCCUUGCCAUCCCUGGUUGCAAAUGCAGAAAAGGAUACAUCCGAGAAUUCGACUCUCCAUUCUCUCCUUGUGUUCCCGAGGAAGAAUGUGUGAAGCCUGAUCUUCCUUGCGAAGAUGAGAACUCUCACUGGGAAUGGGAAGCACCAGCUUGCCCAGCUUCCUGCAGAUAUCCAGAUGGUCACGAAGGCGCAUCAUGUCACGAAAAGAAGAAGGGUUAUUGCGUUUGCAAUGAGGGUUUUGUCAAGGAGAAGAACAAAAGAGACAGUAAGUGCGUUACCCUUGGAACUUGUUACGCUGAUCAAUGCAGAAAAGGAGAACAAUAUGCUUCCCCAGUCCCCAGAUGUUUCGACGAUUGUCGAUCAUGGGCGUACGAAAGCGAAGAGCUCCAAUACUGCCACGACGAGGACAAAGAUCUCACUCACGGUUGCGUAUGCGAGGAAGGAUACGUCCGUAAAAAUGGCAACGAUUACCUUCUUGGCUUCAAGGGAGGCAAAUGCGUACCAACUGACCGAUGUAAAAAGCCCGAUACUGAUACGGUUGAAGCGCUUGCUCACCUGAGCGAUCCAAGCACAUGGGACUUAAUUAUUGAGCUUCUUGGACUGGACAAGAAAUCGAUAAAGAUUCUUGGUCUCGAUCAAAAAUCACGAACUAUCCGCCGUCGAUGGUCUGCUACAUAUCAGCGCGUCAUGCAAGAAGGGCUAUUUGACGUUGUCAUGCAGGGUGUUGUCGAAACUACUGAUAGUGAAACAACUCCAACUGCAUCUCUACAAGAACAGAUGGAAGCUCAGAUCACGGCGGCCGUCGAAUCGGCCGGAGGUACCGCCACUACUGACGAGGCCGCUGUCGAAGCUGCUGCUACUGAUCUCGGUGUCACUAUCCCAGAAGCUCCAGCGCCAACUAAGCAAAAAUAUAUUUCAAUAAAGUAUAAAAAGCAAAUUUGUCAAAAGCCCAAACAAAAAGUCACUUCAAACACCGUCCUUGGAUAA